UAACCUGCCAUCUAGGAGUCUGUGCUUGGACCCUAUAGAGGGCGACUGUUGCUCUGUGGUGGAGCGGGUCAUCCUUCAAUCAGAGAAUUAAUUGUUUAACCCCACAUUCCUCACUGGCGGUGUGUGAAUGGUUGUGAAUGUCAGUUAGUUCAGAUGGGCAGGUGGAAUCUUGCAUGGUAGCCCCUGAAGAAUAAACAGCAUGUACGGGGGUGGUUGGCAGUAGAGUGUGAAGUGGUUGGGAUGAGAGCCAGUAACUCCAAAUCUGAGGCCAUGCCUCUCUGACAGAAAACGGCAGAUUGCCCCCUUCGGGUUGUGAGUGAGUCACUUCCUCAAACAAGCUCAGACAUCGGGAGGGAUCCUGGUGUGUUCAUGUCAAAAGGGGCCAGCUCAGGUAGUUAGGCCAUCUGAUCUGUUUUCCUUCCUGAAGGGCUCCCUUUAGAGGCCUGCCCAACUGGUAACAGGCCCGGGGUCGACCCAAAACAUGCUCUGUGGAAGCAGUCCAGUUUCUCAUGACACAUGAGGCUGUCACCUGCAGGGGGCGACACUUCCUCCCGCUGACGGGAGCAUUUAUUCGGUGAAGAAGAAGCACCACCCAGCCUGACGUGGAGGAGUGUUUUGAAAGAAUGCCUUUCCAUUUCUGCCCCCAGUGUGGGACAAAGUUGCAGCCUGAUUUCAAAUUCUGUCCAUCAUGUGGGGAGAAGCUCCCCUGUCCCGUUGAUGAAUUUGGACCUAGCUUGACGCCGUCUUUAAGUCUCUCUCCACCCAGAAGGGAUGAAGCAGUAGUUAAAUCACGCCUUGCUUCAAGCUCAAUUUGGGAUCCCACUGGGAGUAAGGUCCAUGCAUGUAACACCUCAACUCUAGUUACGACUCGUCCUGCACUGCAAAAGACGCGUAACUCCCUUCGUCUAGACAAAGAAGUUAAAUUCAACAUUAAAGAUGCCACUCCACCUGUGGUGCCCUCCACUAGUCCCGUUAAAGAUGACAGGAUCAAAGAUGAUGGUGUUGGAUUGGUUGGAACUCCACCAAAGCUGCACUCAGUCAAUUUUAGGCUCGAAACAGGGGCAGAGCCAGCUUCAGAGUCUUCUCCUGUCCUGAGAUCCCCUCGACCUGUGAGGGGAAAGGCAAAACUCUCCAGCCCCACUAAGCAAGUAGAAGAAGGAAAGAGGCUGACAAGUAGGAAAGCAGAGGAAUCGACGGUAGAUGGCUCUCCUGCGGCCAUCUCUUCCCCUGUUACUUCACCAAUCUCCAGAUCCCCUUUCAAAGCGACAGGUAAAAGCAAAGCCAAGAAGGCAAAGCAAGCGUCCGCUGUUGCGCCGCUACAGGAAGGUGAAGAGGUGACGGACACAACGGGCAAAAAGUGGAGGCUGGUGAAACUGCUCAGUCAGAACACGACAGAGCUCAUCUACGAAGUUGUGCAAACAGCUUCACGAUCCAAUUCCAAGGAAUCAAAUGACAUCCUUAAACUGGGAGCUAAAGUUGGAAGGAUCUUCAAUGAGCAGAACUUUCUGCAGAGAGCCGCUAAACCUGCGUCAGUGGAAAAGUGGAUCAAACAAAACAAGAUGGAUUUUCUGGGGAUUCCUUCCUGUGUUGGCUUUGGUCUUCAUUCGGAGUCCUACAGGUUUCUGAUUUUCCCCAACAUGGGCCAAUCUCUCCAGUCUGUCAUGGAGGAAGAAGCAGAGCUUCUGUCUGAGAAAGCUGUCCUUCAGCUCGCCUGCAGAAUAUUAGAUGUGCUGCAGUACAUCCAUUCCAACGAGUACGUUCACGCUGAUAUCAAUGCAGAAAACAUUUACAUCAAACCAGGACAGAAGGCACAGGUAUACCUAGUAGGAUACUGCCACGCCUUUAGGUACUGUCCAGGUGGACAACACGUAGAGUACCGUGAAGCCAGCAGAACACCACAUGAGGGCACCUUGGAGUUCAUCAGCCUGGACGCACAUAAUGGAGCAGCUCCGUCUCGACGCAGUGACCUGCAGUCUCUGGGUUACUGCAUGCUGCGUUGGCACACGGGGACGCUGCCGUGGACCCACCUCACUGACCCGGAGCAGGUAGCCAAUCAGAAACAGAGGUACACUGAGGAUGUUCCUGCUCUUUUGAGUCACUGCUUUGGGAGGAAGGGCGUUUCAAGUGCAUUUCAAAAGUACCUGACGGAAGUGAUGACUCUGCCGUACUCUGAGCAGCCGGACUACUCUGCACUGAAGGCUGCACUCAGUGCUGCUUUACUGCAGCUCGGGGGGUCACCGGAGCUGCCGCUCAGUUUUUAGAGAUAUGGAACAAGAAGAAGACAGUUCUGACGCUGUUUUAACUUUUAACGGUUUUAUUAUGCUGUGUUUUAUCUGUGAUGUUUUAUUGCACUGAAUGAAGAGUGUUGUAGAGUUCAAUAUGUGCAAAUGACACUCAUGUUCUGUCAUUGGGUUUUGAUUAGGGUCAUCAUUUUAUGCAUUUAUAGUAUUGUUGUGGGUUCUCAUAUUAAUUAGUGUUUUUAACAUUACAUGGGCUACAUCCAUCUCACGUCAGUGUCAGUUGAUGCAAGUUCUCUAUAUUUUUUUACUCACAUUUGGGUUUUGAUGACACUUUGUAAGUUAAAUGUCUCGGGUUGCCUGUUACAACAGUUUUUGACAAGUACUUAUUACUGCUGAACAUUUCCUGUCCUUAAGACGAGCCAACACACAGAUGUAGAUUAACAACUCAACAUAGGUAGUUGAAUACAAAGCAGUGCAGUGCCUUAGUGUCCUUUAACUUCCCGAGAAACACCGUCAUUCACUUAUGCACAUAAGAAUACAUUUUUACUCUAUGGAGUGUUUAAAUAAAUUGUUC